CUCGUCAAAAUAGCCAACUACCAGGACCUGUUGGGCAGCCAUCAUCAACUGCUCUUAGCCGCCACCGCCGCCGCUGCAGCAGCCGCCGAACCGCAACUGCAACUGCAACACCUGUUGCCAGCAGCGCCGACGACGCCAGCAGCCAUCAGCAACCCCCUCACUUCGAUUGGCCCGAUCAACCAGAUCAGCAGCAGCAGCCAUCCGAGCAACAACAACCAGCAGGCGGUGUUCGAAAAAGCCAUCACCAUUUCGUCGAUUGCGAUAAAACGCAGGCCGACGCUGCCGCAGACGCCAGCAAGUGCCCCACAGGUGUUGUCGCCGUCGCCCAAGCGCCAGUGUGCCGCCGCCGUCUCCGUGCUGCCGGUGACCGUUCCCGUGCCCGUUCCGGUGUCCGUGCCGCUGCCCGUUUCCGUGCCCGUGCCCGUCUCGGUCAAAGGUCACCCGAUCUCGCACACACACCAGAUCGCCCACUCUCACCAGAUCUCGCACUCGCAUCCGAUCUCGCAUCCGCACCACCACCAGCUGAGCUUCGCCCAUCCCACACAGUUCGCGGCCGCCGUCGCCGCCCACCACCAGCAGCAGCAGCAACAGCAGGCGCAGCAGCAGCAGCAGCAGCAGGCCGUGCAGCAGCAGCAGCAGGCCGUACAGCAGCAACAAGUUGCCUACGCAGUUGCCGCCUCACCUCAGUUGCAGCAACAGCAGCAUCAGCAGCAACAGCGACUGGCCCAGUUCAACCAAGCGGCAGCAGCAGCUCUCCUAAACCAGCACCUGCAGCAGCAACACCAGGCCCAGCAGCAAUCUCUGACCCACUACGGCGGCUAUCAGCUGCACAGAUACGCACCGCAGCAGCAGCAGCCGCAGCCGCAGCAGCACAUCCUUCUGAGCAGCGGCAGCAGCAUCAGCAGUAGCAAGCACAACAGCAACAGCAACUCCAGCAGCAACAGCAGUGCAGCAGCAGCUUCUGCGGCUGUGUCCAUAGCAACAUCCGUUGCUGCUGUGCCGACCAGCGGCGGCAGCUUGCCGGACAGUCCCGCCCACGAAUCGCACUCACACGAGUCCAACUCCGCGACCGCCUCCGCGCCGACCACGCCCUCGCCGGCAGGCAGCGUCACCAGCGCCGCCCCCACAGCAACAGCAACAGCAGCAGCAGGAAGCUCUGCAACAGCAGCAGCUACAGCAGCAUCUGGCACACCAGCAACAUCGGCCGUUAGCGACAGCAACAACAACCUGAACAGCAGCAGCAGCAGCAGCAGCAACAGCAACGCCAUAAUGGAGAAUCAGAUGGCACUGGCCCCACUGGGACUUUCGCAGAGCAUGGACUCCGUGAACACGGCCAGCAAUGAGGAAGAGGUUCGCACACUUUUCGUCAGUGGUUUGCCCAUGGACGCCAAGCCGCGCGAGCUCUAUUUGUUAUUCAGAGCUUAUGAGGGCUAUGAAGGAUCUCUUUUGAAAGUAACUAGCAAAAAUGGCAAAACUGCAUCGCCCGUUGGCUUUGUGACAUUCCAUACAAGAGCUGGAGCUGAGGCAGCUAAACAGGACCUGCAGCAGGGUGUACGCUUCGAUCCCGAUAUGCCCCAAACAAUUCGCUUGGAAUUCGCCAAGAGUAACACGAAAGUGAGCAAACCCAAACCACAGCCCAAUACAGCGACAACAGCCUCACAUCCUGCAUUGAUGCACCCACUCACUGGACAUCUGGGCGGUCCCUUCUUUCCGGGCGGACCGGAGCUAUGGCAUCAUCCGCUAGCCUAUUCGGCCGCUGCCGCCGCCGAGUUGCCAGGAGCUGCUGCACUGCAGCAUGCAACGCUAGUGCAUCCAGCCCUGCAUCCGCAGGUGCCAGUGCGCUCCUAUCUCUGACUAAAUACAGACAAAGUAAUGGAGCAGCCGAUGCAUCAAACUCAAAUGACCAUGCCGCCACAUCAUCAGACAACUGCUAUUCAUCCCGGAGCUGCGAUGGCUCACAUGGCUGCGGCUGCGGCAGCUGCAGCUGCUGGGGGAGGUGGGGGGGCGGCCACCGCUGCUGCGGCACCACAGAGUGCUGCUGCGACGGCCGCUGCAAGUGCCGCUGCAGCCGCUGCUGCCUCGCACCACCACUAUCUGUCGAGUCCGGCGCUGGCCAGCCCGGCUGGAUCCACGAACAACGCCAGUCAUCCGGGCAACCCGCAGAUCGCGGCCAAUGCGCCCUGCUCCACGCUGUUUGUGGCCAAUCUGGGGCAGUUCGUGUCCGAGCACGAGCUGAAGGAGGUGUUCUCUAGUAUGCCUGGCUUUUGUCGCCUACGAAUGCACACAAAAGCCAUGGCAACAGCAACUGGCUCAAGCUGCUCCACCAGUAACGGCAGUGGCAGCAGCAACAGCAACCACAACAACGCUGCGGUGCAGCAACAUCCGGUGGCAUUCAUCGAGUUCAAGGACCCACCGACCGCGUCUCAGGCCAUGCAGCAGCUGCAGGGUAAAUAUCUGCUCAGCUCGGAUCGCGGUUCCAUCCGCAUCGAGUUUGCGCGCAGCAAAAUGAUCAACGAGGUGACCAUCAUGAACACCAAGGCACCACCGCCACCACCACCACCCACUGCCGCAGCUGCUGCUGCUGCUGCUGCUGCUACUGCUGCUGCACCACCGCCACCACCAGCACCCAUGUACAUCCUGAACGGCGGCGGAGGGGUCGAGCACUUGCUGGUCCCUGCACCACCGUCGUCGGCACAGCAGCAGCAGCAGCAGCAGCAACUCCAGAUGCAACAACUGCAGCAGCAGAUGCACCUUCAGCAGCAACAUCAGCAGCAUCAACAGCAUCAACAGCAGCAGCAACUCCAACUGACCGUGGCAGCACCCUGCACCGCAGCAAGCACCACCACCCACAGCAGCACCACUAGCGUUGUUGUUAACUCACUACAGCACCACCAACUUCAUCAUCCAAAUCAGCACCACCAAAAUCAUCUCUUUAGAGACAGGAGCGGGUAUGGAAUCACGGCAUGAUUUGCUCGCUAAGAAGCUAGAGCGCGAAAUGCAGCAACAGCAGACGCAAGUGCACCACCAGACGCAGCAGCAACAACAGCAGCAGCAGCACCACCACCCAGCAGCGCAGCA